CAACUCUGAGAACAAUGCAACCGUUCAGUUCGAAUACAUUGAGAUGAGAGAGGUCAUCCGUUUGGAAGCCGAUGCGAACAAGAACUCUAGCUACGUAGACUUUGUCAAGACAAAGGGGAACCGGUGGAGGUUGGCGAUUCUUAUCUCCCUCGGUAUCAUCUCUCAAUACUCCGGCAACGCGCUCUUCUCCAACUACAUCAACUUGGUUUACGAAGGCGCCGGAAUCACUAGCGAGAACCAAAAGAUGGGUCUUACUGGUGGUGAGCGUAUCUUGGCUCUUUGUGUCUCAGUCUACGCCGCUACCUUGAUCGACAAAGUUGGUCGCCGUCCACUUUUCCUCGGUGCCACCACCGGUAUGGUUAUUUCGUUCAUCUGCUGGACCGUCACCUGCGCUGUCUACGAGAACUCUGGCGACACCAACUCCGCAGCUGGCUACGCUCAGAUUCCAUUCGUGUGGAUCUUUGGUGUUUUCUAUGCUUUUGCUUGGUCUGGUCUACUCGUCGCAUACGCUCUGGAGAUCUUGCCCUACGCCCUUCGUGCCAAAGGUCUCAUGAUCAUGAACAUCACUGUUCAGGCUAUUCUUGCAGUCGGUGGUCAGACCAACCCUGUUGCGUGGGACAACCUUCCCAAGCAUUGGAAUCUGGCUCUCUUCUACACUCUCUGGAUCACUGUCGAGCUUGUAUUUGUUUACUUCGUCUACCCCGAGACUAAGGGUCCUACACUCGAGGAGAUUGCCCGCAUCUUCGAUGGUCCGGCCGCUGUUGCUCCAGUGGAUAUGGAUGCUAUCGCGAGGCAAGCCGCUAAGGAACGCCUCCACGGCUCUGGUGAUGAUGAGAAGGAGCCGCAUAUUCAGCAGACCCAGGUCGUCUAG